AUGGGGGACAGUACUCCAGCAACAAUCGACCCCUUGAUAUCAAGUUGCCUUGAGUACCUCAAAGAAUGGCCUGGGGUCAAAUCAUUAUACCUAGCUCGCGCAAUCAGUCAUGAGCAGAUUGAAAGUCUUGACCAUUAUGACAUAAAAUAUUUGAAUGGAGUUAUAGGCCUUGGGUUAGCAUCGAUUCUUACAAGUGAAGAGUCCUCACACCGUUACAAAUACAAUCGUCAAAAUGACUGGCACCCCCUUGAAAUAUCUUGUACACAUUCUACUAUUGAAUUAUUGGCUCAUGUAGAGUUAUAUGGAGCGAUAUCACUAGCUGAACUAUCAGGAGCUGUGUAUAAGGAUCUUCCUUUGACGACCAGAGUUUUGAUUGCGUUUGGCGAGGUCAAGCUUGAAUCAUAUGACAACGCGCGAGAUAUGCUCGGACCUAUCCUUGAUGAAGUCAAAGGAAUCUAUGGCUCGCAGUAUAUGGAAGUCUUUCUUAUUAGUGCAACACUUGUAAAUUGUUUAAAUAGAUGCCGAAUGGAAGCUUUAGCCGAGGAGUUAAUCAAUUCAAUCUUUGGAAAGGCAGUAGGCCAGCUGGAAAUGCCGACCAAAACUCAAGAGUUCAUUUUUGGGCUCUCGGCCAUACCCAAUCAUUAUACCAAUAGCGAGUUGUCUAUGAUUGUUGCAUUCACUGAUUCUCUUAUCGGCCAAGGCAAACAUGACGACGCCUUGUCUCUUUUUCAUGCUAUUUUGAAGAAGGGACGACCAGGCCGUGAGAGCAUUACAAUGAGCGUAGCUCUAAGGAUAACAAAAAUAAAUCGCAGACUAAACAUCAAAUUCUCAACUGAUGACGUCCAGAGUUUUGAUCACAGUAAUGCUUUGGAAGUGCUCAGGGAUGUAUCAGAGUUCUAUCCCAGAGUUUCAAGCAUACUAAAAUAUGCCUUUGUAGAAGAAUUUAUUUGCCAUCUGUCCCUUCUGGAAGAUAUAGAUACCCGACAGAGAUUCGUGGCAUCGGAGAUUAUCAAAGUGUUGAAUCUAGAAUCGAUACCCUACAAAGGUUCUGAGAGUUCGAGAAUAAGCUUUGUCGAAAAUUUGCAAACCAUAAAUCAAUACGCAGAGCAGCUCAAACUCCUGAUGGCUGACGGGGCGCCGGAAAUUCUCGCUAGCAACAUGGCACAGCGCUUUCCUACCGCUUCUGUAGAUCUUAUUAAGAAGAUAAGUCGAGCAAGUUGGCAGAGAUUCAAUAGAAUUCAAGAAAUGCGUGUCAUGCCGGACGUUGAUGAUAUACCUGAUGCAAAGGAAUCGUUGAAUUAUCGAGAUUCUGGACUUGGAAGCUCAACAAAAACCACAUCCAAUAUUCUAGAGUCAUCUAAUAAUUCGGUCGUCUCAUAUAGAUCAUUUAUCAAUAACGAUGCAAAAUCGACUACUCUACCUCAAAUGCCUGAGACGGUCAAGUCUGAAGGGCAAUUUCUCUGCUUUGUAUGCGAAAAGACAAUAAGAGGGAUAACUGGCGAAGCACAAUAUAGACGUCAUAUUUGGGCUGAUCUUAGGCCAUACGUAUGCCCUGUCAAAGGCUGUGAUGCUGACGCGAAUCAGUUUCUAUCAAGAAAUGAUUUCGGCGUGCAUCUCAAAGAGUAUCAUGCCACAAGGUCGCUGGGAAACAAGUCCACUGAGCAUAUAUCCACUCUUCGUUGUCCAUUCUGCGAUGAGCUGCCUGGUGAAGUAGCUCUUAUUGGUCAUAUUUGUCAUCAUUUAGAAGAACUAUCAUGUUCGGUCAUUUCACAAGAAACCGGAGAGGAGCUUGAAAAGAACGACCUCGAUAUGACGCUCAGUGACUAUGGAACUGUUCAAGAACCAGUCCAAUUAGACUCGUAUCCAAAAUCUUCCCAACCACAUGAAGCUCGACGAAGUAAUGAGGAUACUAGAGACUCAUUAUUAAUGCCGUUUGCAAAUGCUUGGAUAGACACUCAACCGAUAACCCAUGAUACCGAACUGGAUGAUAACAAUGAUAAAUUGACACUAGAAGCAUCGACCAAAAUUACCGAUUCGCUUAUUGAUUCACUUGCUUCCAGGGAUAUAGAGGGGCAUGAGGCUUCGUAUGGUUAUCAUCAACAAGCUUCUGCAGAUUCCAUUCAGGCUGACCACUAUCAAACCCAUCAAAACCAUUCUCAGUUAACAACAAUGGAUGACAUCUCACCGGAGAAUUACCCCCAGCCUGUAAUUUUCCCUCAUCAACCCAGCCAAAACCCAUUCACCAACAGACACCAUACAGAAAGCUACAGCCCAACUUCCUACCAAGCUCAAGAACUAAGUGAUUCAAAUCUCCCCAAACGUCGAGGAAAUCUCCCAAAGCCUAUCACCGAUAUCUUGUCAAUCUGGCUUAUUAAUCACCUUGAACAUCCCUACCCAGAUGAAGAAGAAAAGCAGUUAUAA